GCUUCUAUUUGGUCAAUCAUUACAUUUUCUUGGAUGGAUGAUUUGAUUAGUCUUGGAUAUGACAAAUCGUUGGAUUCAGAGGAUCUGAAUAACAUGAUGCCUGAUGACUUGGCAAAAAACAUUCGUUCAUCAUACGAGGCUUGCCAAAAUGAAAAUUGCUCGCUUAUUUGGAAUCUUACAACAUAUGUCGGUACACUGCUGAUCAUACAAGCGAUAUUCGCUUUUUUUUCUGCAGUGUUUACUCUGGGAAGUCCAUAUUUCCUUCAACAAAUUCUGAUUUUUGUGGAAAAUCCUGCUUCCAUAUCACAUCCAUCUGUUGCAGUCAUGUAUGCCUUUGCUAUUUUCCUUUCUUCAAUUUCACGCUCUAUUUGCGAUGGCCAAAUGUAUUUGAUUGGUCGACGAAUUGGACUCCGUGUUCGCUCUGUGAUUGUCAUGCUGAUAUAUGAAAAAAGCUUAAUUCCUGCCAGUCAUCUUGAUACUGUGCUUGACUUGUCUUUGGCCGAUUCUAAUGCCAGUUCAGGAAAAAUUGUUAAUUUGAUGUCAUCUGAUGCAUUCAAGGUCCUCGAUUUUGCAUCCUAUGUUAUGUAUCUGUGGAUGACACCACUCGAGGCAUUGAUUUGUAUUAUUUUUCUAGUCUAUAUCGCUGGCCCAGCAGGACUAGCUGGGGUUGCUAUGAUGGUGAUCAUGAUUCCUAUUGGAGGCCAAAUUGGACAUUUGAUUGCUCGAUAUCAGAAGCAAUUAAUGGAGGCUACCGAUGGUCGUAUCAAUGCCAUCAAUGAGGUACUUCUGUUGCAUGGCAUUCGGAUUGUCAAAUUUUUUGCAUGGGAACCUCGGUUUGCAAAAAAGAUUCGAGAUUUGCGUGAAAAUGAGCUCAAGGCACUUUGGUCAUAUAUCUUCACGACGGCCCUUUCCCGAGUUAUUUGGGCUGCUACACCCGUACUCGUUUCGUUCUGUACAUUUACCAUGAUGACUUGGAUUUUUGGUCAAAAUCUAGAUGCAUCAACGGCAUUUACAGCACUUGCACUGCUCAAUUUGCUCCGUAUGCCCCUUCAAGCCUUUCCUGAUGCUAUUGUCAAACUCAUGGAGUCACUUGUUAGCAUUCGCAGAAUUGAGGAUUAUUUAGAAGAACCAAACAUACACAACUCUGUGGAUAGUUCUGCCGUAUUUACCGACUCUGUUCAGUUUAUAGGUAAUGCCACGUUUUCGUGGUAUGCCACACGAGAUAAUAAUUCUAGACCAGCAUCUCAUCUCAAAAACUUGACACUUGGCUUUCCAAAAAAUAAACUCAGCGUUGUUUAUGGCCCAACAGGAGGUGGAAAAAGCAGUCUUCUUAUGGCAAUUCUAGGAGAAAUGCAUCUGAAACAUGGCGGCGGUGUUCACUUGGGUGAGCUUCAAAAAGGAGAUCAACACUUGCCAAUUGCAUUUGCUUCUCAGCAGUCUUGGCUUCAAAAUGCAACGAUUCGCGAAAAUAUUUGUUUUGGAUCCGCUUUUGAUCCUGUGAGGUAUCAAGAAACACUGGCCGCGUGUGCUCUGACUAAAGACUUGGAAAAUCUAGAUGGUGGCGACAUGACUGAAGUAGGUGAAAAGGGAGUAAAUCUAUCUGGCGGUCAAAAGGCUCGUAUAUCUCUUGCUCGAGCCGUGUAUUCAAGAUCGCCACUCGUUCUUAUAGAUGAUCCUCUUUCUGCUGUGGAUGCUCCAACUGCCAGGCAUUUGUUUGAAAAAUGCAUUUGUGGGCCAUUGCUGGCUGGACGCACUCGUAUACUAGUAACUCACGCCAAAGCACUUUGUGCCCCCAAGGCCGAUUUUGUCGUUAGACUAUCUAAAGGAGUAGUUUUGCAUUCCGCCGAGUCUCCCGUAAGACAUGCAAUUCCAGAUGCAUUGCUUGACGCUGAUUUGACUCCUGACGACACUCCUAUGGCAGGGGCUUCCAGCAAAUCUGAUGCAUUCACCCUGAUUAAAGGGAAAGGCACAUCUUCCAAAGAUUUGAUUAUUUCUUUGGAAGAAAACAGUAUAUCUACUUUGAAUAUCAAGCGAAUCACAAUUGAAGAAAAGCGAUUAACUGGAUCUGUGCCUUUUCGAGUAUAUAUGGCAUAUAUGCUGGCUGCUGGUGGAUUUUUUUUCCUUGUAGCUGUACUUGCUGCCUAUACUUCAGCUCAGGGUUUAGUUAUUGGAAAUGAUAUAUGGCUUAAAACAUGGGCAGACGCGUAUCGACAAGUUCCAUCUGUUUCCAAUGUAGGAAAUGUUUUUACAUCUAUUAUGCAGCCCUUUAAUAGUCGGCAAAUAUGGGCAGCAGGGAAUUCAUCUACUACUGUAUUAAUGGCACCAAAGAAGGAAGUAAAUCUAAGUUACUAUAUUGGAAUCUAUGCGUUUUUGGGAUCACUGUCUAUUUUUGCCGUGUUUAUUCGUGUAUGUGUUGUUGCUAUAGGUUCACUCAACGCUUCGCGUACUAUCCAUAAUAACUUGGUCGACAAGAUUCUUCGUGCACCUGCACACUUUUUUGAAAAAACACCCAUGGGACGUAUUUUGAAUCGCUUUUCCAAAGACAUCAAAGACAUUGAUCAAGAAGUUGGAAUUUUUAUUGGAGAUUUCCUUGGAAAUUGUAUUUCUGCUACUGGAAUCCUAUGUUUGAUUCUGUAUGCCACGCCUCAAGCCAUUUUCAGUGUCAUCCCUAUUUCUGUCAUUUAUGUAGUUGUGGGUCGCAGUUACAUUCGUAGUUCUCGUGAACUAAAGCGUCUGGACUCUAUUACUCGAUCUCCUAUAUUCUCUCACUUUGGAGAAACCAUCAAUGGUGCAUCAACAAUUCGAGCUUAUUCUGCUCAAAAUAGGUUUGUGGAUCAGAUCCACAAACGAAUUGAUCACAACAAUAUUGCCUUUUUCAAUCUUUGGGCAUUGAACCGCUGGCUUGGAAUUCGUGUCGACUUUAGCGGUGCACUCAUUUCCCUUGCAUCGGCAAUGGCUAUUGUGACGAUGGUAUUGUUUAAUGGAGGCAUGAACGCUGGUCUUGCUGGAUUGAGCAUUAGUUACUCAUUAUCGUUUAGCCAAUCUCUUCUUUGGCUGAUUCGUAUGCAUGCGCUUAUGGAAAUGGAGAUUAAUGCAGUCGAGAGAGUGGAUGAAUAUUUGCAAAUCAAGGAAGAGGCACCUGCUACUAUUCCUGCUACUUGUCCUAUAGCUGAUUGGCCGACUCAUGGCAAUAUCAGUGUUGAGAAUUUGACUUUGCGCUACUCUUCCAAUUUAAAUCCGGUGCUUUCAAAUGUAACGUUUCAAUGUCGUGCCGGAGAAAAAGUGGCCGUGGUUGGUCGCACAGGUGCUGGAAAAACUACUUUGUCUUUGGCCUUUUUUAGAUUCCUCGAGUUUGAAGCCGGCCAUAUUCUAAUUGACGGAGUGGAUAUCUCCACAAUUGGAGUACACGACUUGCGAUCUAGAUUGACCAUCAUUCCACAAGAUCCUGUUUUAUUCUCAGGAACGUUGCGAUCCAAUUUGGAUCCGUUUAACCAGCAUACGGAUGCAGAGAUUUGGUCAUGUCUUCGGCUAUCGCAUUUUCUUGACUCGAUUCGCCAAAGUGCUCUUUCUCCAAACUCUUCAUCGGGUAGUCUUCUCAAAGGAGUUGUCGAGUCUGAGCUUUUGUCUUCGACUUCCCUACCCUUGUCUGACACGACGCAAAAUCUAGCCAUUCCAUCAACGUCUUUAAUUUCUAUCGACACACCAGUCAAUGAAGGCGGCACGAAUUUUUCACAAGGUCAACGUCAGCUUUUAUGUCUAUCACGAGCUCUCCUUCGUCGAUCUCGCGUUAUCCUCCUUGAUGAAGCUACAGCAAGUGUCGACCACGACACUGACCUUCGUAUCCAGCUUUCUAUCCGCAGUGAAUUCCGUAACGCCACAUUGCUGUGUAUUGCUCAUCGUCUGCGUACAAUCAUUGACUAUGACAAAGUUUUAGUUUUGGACAAGGGCAAAGUGGCACAGUUUGGCACUCCCAACGAGCUGUUGAGCAUGGGAAAAGGCAUAUUUUACGAUAUGUGUGCAGAGACAGGUGAGCUAGAUGAACUGAAAGAGUCUGCCAAAAGG